UAUAUGUCAGGUAGAUUCUAACAAGUAAACAGUUUUUGUUAGGUGCUUAAGUUUUUUUCCCAAUGGUUAAGUUAAAAUUGAAGGCGGCGUAAUUGUACAUAAUGUAUCUUUUAGUUUUCCUACACAGAUAAUAGAAAUAAUAAACUAGAAUAAUGUUUAAAGUGUUUUAAAGUUAUAGUUUUUACAAUUAACAAUCAAUCAAUGAUUCAAAAUGAAAGGUUUCGUGAGGAUCGUUCGUAAGUCUGGUUUAUUUCGUAAAAUCUGUGUUGUAAUACUGGUGUACUUCUUAUACUGCUGCGGUGUGUUUACACAUUUAAUAGAAAAACGUUUCAAUGGUGAAUUUCCACUUGGAGAGGAAUCAUAUAAUGAGAUAAGAAGUUCUUGUUUGAGAGGUAUAAAACCCGACAUCGAACCUUUUAACACGUACAAAUACUAUUUCAAGUAUUUCGCCUCUCUUAAAUGCUUAUCAGAAUCGAAAAUAAAACUUGCGAUUAUAGUCAAGUCGGCUAUUGGGAAUUUUGACCGGAGACAAGGCAUCAGGCGGAGUUGGGGCUUCGGAAAUAGAUAUUCCGAUGUAGAGAUGAGAACUGUGUUUAUAUUGGGCAUGGGUGAUGAUAAAGAACUUCAAAAAAGAGUCGACAAGGAGAACAGCGAGUACAAUGACAUUGUACAAGCAGCCUUCAGAGAUGAUUAUUAUAACAAUACAAUAAAAACUUUAAUGGCUUAUAAAUGGGCCGUCAAGUACUGCAGCGAUGCCAAGUUCUAUGUCUUCAGUGAUGACGAUAUGUACGUAUCUAUAAAAAACGUUUUGAGGUUUGUGAAGAAUCCUUUGGAUUAUCCUGACUACCUAGAAGUGCCUGUAGUGUCUUUAAAAGAUUCCCACCAUUACGAAAUAAGACGAGAACUCAGAUACAAUAAAAAUGUGCCUCAAAUGUUGGAUUUUGAGCUUAACGACAAAGCUGAAUUGUAUGCAGGCUAUGUAUUUCAGUCAUCUCGUCCACACAGACAUUUCUGGAGCAAAUGGUACAUAUCGUUGGAAGAAUACCCUUAUGACAGGUGGCCACCUUAUGUCACUGGUGGGGCUUAUAUUUUGUCGAACGUUGUACUUCACGAAUUUUAUUAUGCUAGUCAAGUUACUCAACACUUUAGGUUCGAUGACAUUUACAUUUCCAUAUUGGCAUACAAACUCAACAUUACGCCAAUUCACAAUGAUGAAUUUUAUUUCCACAAGAAGCAUUUCAGUGGUAAUAAUUAUAAAUAUGUUAUCGCUUCUCACGGCUUUGAUAAUCCACACGAACUUAAGGAUUUUUGGCACCAUCAAAAAACAAUAGGAAAUGCUUGACUGAAAUUAUGUAAAAUAUAUUUGUAAAUUGUACAAAAUCUUCACCUGUGAUCACAAAUACAUGUCACUUUUAAAUUUA